GUGUGUUGUGUCUUCCUGUUCCAUGUGAUCCUGGAUCUUUGAGUCCCUAAUGUCUUUGUGAUAUUAAAGUAAGUUUUUGUUGUUUAUUCAUUUACUUCUUUUUAAAUAAAUCCUUUUUUGUUUGCAUUUGGGUCCUUUCCCUCUUGUUUCACUCUGGCCCAUGAAAGAAAUAUAUUUUAAAACAAGUUUUCUUUUCCUCAAAAUACAUCAAAAGAAAGUGGAAACUUAUAGUAAUGAGAGUUUAGUAACAAAUGGAGUUAACCCUGUCGUGUACAGCGUGAUACAACUUUAGUCCUAAUUAUAAACUGAUAAGACGAAUCGUUUACGGUAAAAUCCACUAGCUCUGUGAGACCGGCAGCUCUCCGGUGCGUCUCUAUGACAUUCAGAGAAGAUUGGUGUCUUUUCUUGUGCAUAUCCAACCCCUCAGAUUUCAAAGAUAGUCGACUAUACCAGACAGAGGCUGCCAUCUUUGUUUUGGUUUGUCGACCAAUCAGAGGCAGUAUCUGCGAUCACCUCACUCACAUAAGUCUUUACAUGGAACGCGUUUUGGAACGAUCGGCAUAAACCAGCCCUCUCGAUCGGAAUAUAAUUUCUUUCCGAUUGGGCUGAAUUUGAUCAGAAUCUACCGAUCGAGAUGUUUACAUGAUGCAUUUUAUUCCGAUUAUUUGUGCCCAUGUGAAUGUAAAUAGUGAAAUGUUUGUGAUUGUGGUGUAGAGUGAAUCAGCCGCAGGCUUUAAAAAGGUGUGUUAGUAAAGGUUAGAAUAACCGCCCUGUCCUUUUUAUUGCUCCUCCACACUCCUAAUUUCAGCCUUACUUUUUAAUAAGAGCUCACCGACACAAUCAUUCAGUCAAUACCACUCAUAUGAAAAGUGUAGUAAUUAGUACUGAUAUGUUUUCCUCUUUGUAACAUCAACAGCCGGCUGAUUAUUCCUCGUUUUUAUUAGCCUCUGGCAAAUACAACACAGGGAUUGACUUUUAAAACCGGGUGUCCGUCGGUGAGCUUCAUGGAUGUGCAUUUGUCAAAGUGGAGCGGAGAAUUAAAUCUGUCACUGAGGCUGAUAAAGGCAGCAAUCAUCUCAACCACAAGGGUUGGAUGAGGUUCUGCCAUGCAGUUCAGGUUACCCGGCAAAUUUACCGUGUCAACAAAGAUCAACUUUUUACGCUCCUCUUCCAAAUGCAUGUUUGCAUAAAGAAGGACAUUCAACUAUUGUGAUCAGGAAGCUUGUUAAAGUUUUUCUUUUUUUCCUCUCUGGGUGAAGUUGAAGGCAGUUUCUCCCGGAUCAAACAUGACUCCGGGCAGAGAAGCUGUUCACAGCCGCUCUGACAAACAUUGCCUCUGGAUGUGGGAAACGCUGCAGGACAAGGUGAGCCCUGAGCCGUAUAUUUAAGCUUUGGAUGUUUCGACAGAACUCACCUGUGAGGCUGAUAAAUCACUGGCAGUGUACACUCCGAGCUGAGCGUGGACAGUAAAUCUGAAAGUCAACAGCCGGUGAGGGUAAACCAAACCGUUAUGAACUCUGUGUUUGGCACUUCUCCUGCAUGUAUCCCCUAUUUAUUAUAUACACUAAUCACUGCAAUGAGACGCUUUCUGGGGACUUUUAAGACAGGGGUUUGCUCUGAAAAUAAAGCCUGACCUUUGGCCUGUAGUUAUGAAAGAAGUCUGUUAUGAACCUUUGGUUUGUUUAUAUGAAUUAGCUCCAAUUAGAAGAUCUUUAUGAACCUGUAAAUCAGUAUCAGUGAUUGCUGCCCCGACUAUUGCGCAGAGAUCCUCUAAUGACCGCUGGGCCACAUUUGACCUCCGGCUAUAAGUUGAUGAUCAGUAUUUCCAGGAGACAGAGGUGAUGCCACCACUCUGCCCUGACGUGACCUUUUCCUUUGUGGGAAGAGCCGCCAUGAUGAUCAGUUCAUCAUGAGGAUUAUAAUCCAUAAACUUACAUAUGAACAUCAUCUGUCAGUGGUUUCUUUCUCCUCCUCCUGAGACUGAUAGCGCUUUGAUUUGCAGAGCAUUGAUUAGCCCGGCGCUCCCCUCCUGUUUACAACACACAAUCAUCCUUUGUCCCCCCCGCCCGCCCGCCCGGCCUUUCUCUGUGUUUUUGACAGUUUUAUUAUAAGGACUAAAAUGGGGCCCAAAUAAACCACAGAUGAACAGACGCCUCUUGCUAGCUCUCUCAAAAGGUUAGUAAAUUUCACCAUAUAGAUUUUUUGGUGUCUCACCCAAAUGUCAUGGCUUAAUUAUUAACUGUGGGGCCGUUUUGGAGAGAGAUUUGCACUUUUACAAUAUUGUUGAGCCUGGUAAGGUUAAGUGUUGAAAGUGCAAGGAAGGCCAUUGUCCCUCCUCCUCCUCCUCCUCCUCCUCCUCCGUGUUUAAUGAAGAUGGAUUUAGAGAUGAAAUGUUGGGUGUAAUAAAGACAGCGUGACCUUUAAGGAGUUGUCACAAGUAGGAAAACAUGUUGAUGGUUUAAACAGACGAAUAAAGUUAAAGAUUUUUAAACUAUAGUCGUGAUUUUAAAUUUUAAAUGUACAUGUUUUACUCUGCGUCCGUCAUUAAACGCUUUAAUUGUUCGGUGAGUUUCUUUACCUCCUCGAUAGAUCCGGAUCUGUGGGCUCUAACUCAAGAUUACAACCAGUCACAAACAGCAAAAGGUCACGACCUCCCUGCGAGGCCGUUAUGAGUAAAUAUUGAUCACACUACAGUCAGUCAGCUAAGUGGAGCCACCAGAGCCGAACACAGCCGUGUACUGUGGUGUUUUUGAAAGGAGUAAUAUCUGGCUUAAUCCCAGCCGCGGCCCUGCCCCUCGCCCCAGCCGGUCCACUCCUCUCAGCUGCGCGGAUCAGCAUGUGCGGCGCUGCAGCGGGCUCGGGUUUCUCAGGGGCUCCAGCUUGGUGCAGUCAGACCUGCACGGCACAGCGUCUGAACAGCCUCCUGGAUCUAAAAGUCCUCAUUCUCCUGCUUCCUCUGGGCAAAGACGGGCUGGCUCGACUCCUGAGGUUGGUUCGGUAGUAUGCGGGUUCAAAUGUUCCUCACCUCCGUCUUCACACAUGUCAUCGGACCGGCUGUGCCCGCCUCAAUGAAAGCUCUCUGUUGACUUCCUCUGCUGACAAGCCAGACGAGACAAACUCCAUGGCGUUAAGGGCUAACCACUGGGCCUGGUCUUAAAAGAGGAUAAGCAAAACUCUGUUAUGGAGUAUUUUAGCCUGCCAACUUCACUGCACUUUUCUGUCCCAAACAGGCUUCUUUUAGAAGCUGGGGUAAAAUGAGCAAAUCUUAAAAUAACACCAAGUUACUCUGUUUAGUGUCACCGAUAAAAGGUAAUCCAUCCAAACUUAAUGAACAUCAACGUAGAGUUUUCACCGAACCUUACACCAACCAACCAGAAGUUAGCUUACCUACCUAAAAAGCUGUUUUUAGUGGUAAGAGUGGAGACGUUAGCAACAGGCUAGCUUAGCUUUGCAUCAAAAAUGGUAAGACAUAGUCAUAGCUGAAUUUUAGUGGACUCAUAUUAAGUCCACAUAUUAAAUAGUUAAAAGUUUCAGAGAUCUUUAAGCAACAAAACACUGAUUUUUUCAGGUAUUUGCAUAUUAGAAAUCACUGUUUUAAAAAAAAAGGAAAGCUAAGCAGUGAUAGAUGUUUCCAUUAAAAUGCUUUAUCUCCAGGCUAUAUCAGGGUUUCCAAAAGCAGAGAAGCUUUAAUAUGGGUACAUCAAAUUAAGAUGGAAAAAGAACUGAACAUAGAAAUAUCUCAGGAGGAUUGGAGCACUCAGCACUCAGAUUCUUGUGUAUAUUAUUGCUUGUAAAAAUAAAAGCAGGAAAAUGGACUCAUCCUUGGCACCCAGAUCUCAGUCAUUGGACACACGUAGACCAUGUUUACAUGGGCGAAAUUUAUCGAUCCGAUUAAAAAUUUGAGAGAUCGGAUAAUUCAGAUUAUCCGAUCCACUGUUGGUGAUGAUCCGAUAAUGACGUACGUAUACAAGCACCAAGCUUUAUUGGUGCAUGAAUACACACCAACAAACGCGGUAGUGGCUCACUCCAUUGAAUUCAGGAGUUUUCCCUCCUGUUAAAUGUUGUCACUAGAUGGCGCCCUUGCUAACCUAUUUUACUUUUCUGUUAAAGGUUGCUCUGUGCGUGCAGAUGUGACAUCAUCACGCUGUCUGUACGCCUUGUCACGGUACCGGAAGAGCAGACACGGUACCUGUGGUUGUGUUUCAUACCAGAGUGCUAAAUAAAGAGUGAAGACUGAGUCAGGUAGGAGAGUCACGAUCGGAGUAAGUGUUUACAUGAACGCGUUUUGGAAUAACGAUCGGCAUAAACUACCCCUCUCGACCGGAAUGCAAUUUCUUUACGAUUGAGCCGGAAUGGAUCUGAAACUCUCCCGAUCGGCAUGUUUAUAUGACGCAUUAUUAUUCCGAUCGGGCAUUUAUUCCGAUUAUUUGUGCCCAUGUAAACCAUAGAUAAGCAGAUCUUUGUACUGGAAGGAGGAUUUGUACUUCCACACAGAGAUAGCUGGUCACCUGUUUGCUAAGUUCACUCCUUUUUUGUGACACUAUGAUGUUUAAUGUACAGAAAAGAGCCGAACAACCAUCUAACCCAACCCUUGACAAGUAAAUGAGUGAGCAUAUUUUCCAAAAUGCCAGACUCCUGCUGUAAGUGGUUGAUCCCAUCAUACGAGGUGAUAAAACGGUUUCAUUAUUCGUAUCAAACCCAGCACAAAGAGAGGAUUAGGAGCUGUGCAGCAGCGGUGUCAAACCUCAGAUUGACAGAAUCGUCUGAUUUUCUUCUUCAGGUGUUUCAGAUCUGGAGGCUCGGGAGGAGGCAGCAAGCCCUGACAGAGAGCUGCCAUCGCACACGGCAGAAACCUACCCACAAACCCUUGCCUGUGGCUUGCCCUUUGAAGGUACAUGUCUCUUCUUGACAUUUCUUGUCAUCUCGCCUUGGGAACAUUGGCUUGUGUCCUCUCGGUCCACGGUUUGUGUUCAAAGACUCUGGGAGGAUGCAGAGAUAUAAACCACAUCAGUGUCAUUUCAGGGAGGAACAAAGUCAUUAAUCGGAGUAAAUAUUAACUGUUCUGAAAAAAAAAAAGACCAGCGUUGUGGUUCUUAACUGUCUGCUCUGACAUCUUGAGGUGAGGUUCAAAGUGCUGUGAUGCAACGCCUCCAUGAUACGCCCCUAUAAAGUGGAGAUAAAUCAUCAGCUGUGUGAGGACGGCGUUUCCACAGCGACAUCUCCCGUCAAACUCAUCCAAACAAACACAAACAAUUCACACGACACAUGAGCAGGUAGGCACAAGGUAGACAGAGUAACUCAGUGGAGAUUAAAGUCUGAAGUAUAAAUCUAACUCGCUCUCAUAUUUCUGUUCAAAGUAUCUCAAACUUUAGAGAUACUCCUGUAACAGGAAACAUGAUGGAAGUAUUUCUACUUUCUGUUUUUGUGCAUUUUAGAUUUGCAGUUUGCAGUUGUUUUGGCUUUUUGCAGCAAGUUUCCACUUUCUUUUUGCCCGUGCUUCUCAAGUUUUGCAGCAUGUUUCUGUUGGGUAUGCAGAUCGUUUCCCCCUUAUCAGCCCCCAUAUUAUCCUCCUUGCAGCACAAAUAUAUCUUGCAAACAUACGAGUUAUGUAGGAACAAGAAGUUUGUAGCUGCUUUUUUGUAAUUAUUCUCAUUGAUUUGAACAUUUCCAAUGAUGGCUUUGUAAGAAAACAAAGCUGUGAUAUUCUGUUCAUACCUAAAAUAUGUCGGUUAGCCGACCAGUUUAGUAUGAUGGGGUAUUAUGGCCACAUUUAGGGGGAAGAAACAAAGAUUUCGAGGACAACAGUUAUUAUUUUGGUCAGCGAUUAGCUAAACAUAUUACUGCUUUAAUGAAGGCAGAUUCUGGUGAUGAUAGCCAGUUUAAAGACCGAGGAAUCUGAGAUCUACUUUGGUGACGGUUUCGCAAAUAACUGAACACUCAGUCUUUUGGCACAAAGGUGACGCAGUUUCUUCAGCACCAGGACUCUGAAAAAACAAGAUAAGUUAACUGUAAAAUAGAAAUACAACUUUAUUCUUCUCACAUAAUGUCAUGACUUUAUGACUCUGUUCUUGUAACGUAACUUUAUCCUCAAAAUCUUAAAAAAUAUCUUCAAUAUUUCAUCGUAAUUGAGCCACCAAACAGAAAAUAAUGUCUAAUAUCAGAGUCAGGAAGUGGAAACUGUUGAGCAGGAUCUGCUCAACUCUGGCAUUGCUCUGGUUUUACAGAGUUAAUAAAGGGUUUUGACCAAUCAGAGACAAGUAUUCAUCUUAAAGUUGGAUAGUAAAUAGAGAUGAUGCAGAAUAUACACCUCCAACACUCCCGCUCACAAACAGAUCCACCUUACUCCUCUCAGCUUUUACUUAGCUCAUUCAAAAUGUUAACCAUAACCUUAUUUGAGACCUGUUGGGACUUUUAUAGCUAUAUAAAUGCUUUUAAAUGACAUAACAGCUGGAACAAAGGUGGAAAUUAUCACACAAGGGAUAAAAUUGCAUCUUUAUCAAAACAUUGCGUGUGUUUUAACCCUUCAACCCUGGACUUGAGCGAGGACCUGCACGUGUAGAUCAGAUGAUUGGUCUUGUUGUUGCAUUUCAUUUUUGUUGAUUAGAGAUGAUUGUGAGUUUUCAUUAAUGUCUACCUCCUGCAGAAAAGGACGUCCUCUAACUUUCUCUUUUGUUUGCUGCAUGCCUGAGCAGACAGAGAGCGAGCAGAGCUGACGGGGAACAUGGCAUAUUUGUGUCACUCCAGCAAUUGGAACAGAGCAACAUUAAUAGACCAUGCGGGUUGUAACACAAUUAAAACAUGAAUAUGCAAAAUACACAGGGGUGCCGCUGUUGUGCUGUAUCUGCAGAGACAGGUGCCAGCCAUCUUUAGUGUUUACCACAAAGAUCCUCCAGCAAAUGGCAUCACAGUGAUCAGACUGGAUUAAUAUGUGAUGUCUGGGGGCUUGAAUUUCAGCGCGGCUUCUGCUGAAAACAAUCUAAAAGGGAAAAUGAUCUCAGCAGGAGGAGCCCUGCUCUGAAACAAUGGAGAAAUCUGAGGCGGGCGUGCAGGAAAAACUCACACGUCUCGCUCUGUGAGUGUGCUGUAAACUGUCAGUACUGAUUCAUGUUAAACUGAGCGCUGUUUUUUUUUUCACACGAGGGCAACGUUUAACCCGCGUUUAGUUCUCUGAUGAUAUUCUCUGCGCUCUGUUUUAUAUCUUUGAUAAGAGAGAAGGUGCCAAAAAAGCCUCUGCGUGUCUGAACAGAAAGUGUUUUUUUGCUCUGAGGCAUCUGCAACCUGAAAGCCGGCAUGUUCCAGAUAGUGCGAGCUGACAGAGUCCUGUCUGCCGAGCUGAUUCUGGCCCUCUGACAUGUACGGGGCUUUCACUCGCUCUUUCAUCAGUUUCAUUCUUCGCGGUCUUGCGGUCAAUUUGCCUGAUUGAGCAGUCGGUUUCAGUUGCCGCCUCGCAAUAUCUACAGAUGUACACAAAUUGUCAGUCAAGCAGUGGCUGUUCAAUAAUAUAGCCUUUUACAGCCAAUGCCCAAGGACCUGCAGGCCAUUACAGAGCCAUUACUAGUGAAAUCCCUGUCUGGACAAGUGGAGGGAAACUAAUGUGUUACUGUGACGAAAGGUCCUCAUUGUGAAGGCUGCAGCAGGAGUCAAACAGGGGAGAUAGGAUCGAUUGCAAAUUAAGCUUAGAGCUGUGUGUGUAAGUGUGUAAGUGUGUGUGCAGGGAGUGUGUUGCGUUGCUGCAGCGUCUAUCAUUCAAACUAGAAAGUUGUGUUUUUUUUGAGGUGGUUACCGACUUUGACAUGAAUCCCUCAGAAAUGCUGCAACAGUUUCCCCAUAUUGUGCCGACAGCUGUAUUUGUGCACAUUUGUCACCAAAGUCUGAAUCUGCGGAAACGUUUACGGCGCUCCUGAUCGCAUCACGCUCGUGGAUUUGUUGAACAUGCAUUAGGUGGAAGUCUGCAUGAUGAAUGUGUUUGAGAAUAAAGAUUUAUACAGUAGCUCGUACACAUUUGAGUUUGGUGGAGAAACAUGCAGCCCAAUGUUGACAGCUGCCGACAGCUCGAGCCAAGAGAGGAAUUAUGAAUAAGAUCAUUAAAACUGAUUUAAAUGACUUAAAAUGACAACAAAAAUCUGCUCCGACUCCUUUAAUGGAGCGGAUUUGAUGAAGUGAAGCGAGUCGGGGUUUUAAUCGCUGUUGAAUUAACGUACAGUAGACAGUUCUUCAUCGUAAAAAGGACCCGUCUAGACGGCUUCAUUGCUGUCACUGUUUCUGUCAGACUUAAUUCUCAACUUCCACAUCUGUCUUUAUUUUCCUUUGGGUUUAAACUCAUGUCCAUCAUAAUGUGGUUUCUGAAAAUUUGCAGGGUGUUGCUCAAUGUACCCACAUGAAUCUUUCCAACUCCAAUAAGAAUUUACUUUCUUGUUUUUUCUGCGGUCCACCCCGUACACUUUAAAAAUAUGUUUCAGCGUCCUGUUUGUUGAUUUUAACUAGAGCUCAUGAAUUUAUCUGUUGGACACUGAGCUUGUUUCUUAUCUGACUCGUUCAGAAUGUCCUGAAAAAGUGUGUAAAAGUGACCAUGACAUUUCAGAGUGUUAGCAUUGGCUCCUCUGAGGAGGGGAGUGGAAAUGUUUGGUGCUGUGUGUAGGGGGGGCUGUGUCUUGGAUUAAUUAAGCGUAGGAACUCCCAGUUUGGGGAGCUUAGCAUGUGCAGGGUGAUGUUUUCUUCAGAGUCUUUUCCACAGGGAUAGGUUUGCACUCAUCUUUGAUAGUUAACCCCAUGUGACCCUUCCCUAGAGCCGGUCCCACUCCCACCUCACUGCUCCUGCUUCUCAUUAGAGCCUGUCCACUCGUCUGACUUGGUCUAAGUAGGCCGCCUCACAGGCCACCGACGCACCGCCAGCUUCGAGUGUGUGUGUGUGUGUGUGUGUGUGUGUGUGUGUGAGAGCAUGACUGUGACUUUCAGAGUUUAACUGUGAUUCAAACUUCACUUUUUGAGUCAGGUAUUAAAAAAUUAUCCUUUUACCGUCAGGUUUGUUUGCAAUUUAAUACUCUGACUGUUGAAUCUUCUUUUUAGUCCAGAGUAAAUUUAUUCCUUUAUUUUAGUGACGAAAACAUCCAGAAAAACCACGACAGUCCUCCAAAGUUAAAGUUUAAAGUCCUGAUUCUCAUUAAAUAGUUCUGUUUAUGUAAGUCAUUUAUAUAAAAGUUAAAAGCCCUGUCCAAAUGUGAUCAUCCUCCUGUUCAUAUUCAGUCCAGAUCCUCCUCUAAACUCUUCACAGAUCCUCGGUCCUCUCUGUCUUCAGAAGCAGCUGAAUCUGUUUGUAAUAAUAUCUAUAACAUCUUUAAAUUACUAAUAAUAACUCAUGUGUUUACGCACAUGUUUCUGUGUAUGUAUAUACAUAUGUGUGUGUCUGUGUGAGUACAUGUUUUUACUUGCAGAGGCAUACACACAUACAUAAAUACACAAAUGUAUUUAUAGUCACAUGUCAAACUGAACAUCUAUCUUUUUAUAAUCUACAUAUAAAUUUAAACUAUAAAAAUUUAGAUAUAUAGAUAUUUAUUCUGCUUGUAUAUACUCUGUAUAUUUCUCUUUAUAUAAAUAAGUCUGUAUAUGUAUGUUCUGCAUGUGUGUAUAUCAGUAUAUAAAUACAUCAGAACAUCAACAGAUAUAUGAACAAAUCAAAAUAUAUAAAUAAAUACAAUCUAUAAAUAUAUAAAUGUAAACUGUGUAUCUUUAUAGGCAUCUUCUACUUUUAUUCUCUAUAUAUGUAAAUAUAUAAAAUAUUUAUGUUUAUACCAUAUAUGUGUAUUUAUAUAUGUGCUUAUACUAUAUGUUUAUCUGUACUUAUAUUUGUACACUGUAUAUAUUACACAUAUAAGUAUCAAAUUACAUUUACAACACAUGGAAGCUUAUUUAAGCAGUUUAUCUGUUUAUAUAUGAUCCAUAUAAUGUAUAAUAUAUAUUUAAACUUUAUGCUUUUUCUCCUUCUAAAGGAAGAAUAUAACAUAAAAAACAUAUUAGUAAAAAUACAUAAAUAUGUAUCUUGGUCAGACAUUUUAAAAUAUCAGAAUCUUUAAUACCAGAGGAAAUGAAAAUGUCAGUUUAUCAGUAAAUCAGUCUUUUCUUUAUUUAUAUUGUCUUUAUUGUUUUAAAUGUCACAUUCACACACACGCUUUGUCACUAAGAUAAAACACACAUAUAACAAAAGAUGAAAAAGUGUUUUUUUAAAGCAGAUAAAAUUUAUCAGAAACAUGCAAAUAAGUCCGUCUGUUAAACAGAUCAAUAUUAGCUGAUGGCUCCUCGUCCUCGUCCUCGUGGUCGUCGUAGUGCGAUAAGCUGUUUUGAUGAAUAUUUCUUGCAGCAGAGGCGACAGGGUUGAAAUUGCAGCUGAGUCAUUACCCUGUAUCACUUCUAUCUCAGUGUAUGAUGAGACCUGAAUUUGUCUGACCUCCCCGGGGCAGCACAAAGGCCUGAAUUCAAAGCGGGGCACCCAGGGGCCAAGCUGGCGGCGGGCCCAGCUGAGGAGCACCAGCCAGCCACCACCUGCAUACUGCUGCUCGCCCAGUCUCCCUGGAUAUGAACCCCCGCCCCUCCUCCCCUCCCACCUCUCUCACCCCGUCUCCUCCUCCUCCCUCCUGCUCUGACAAGCCUCAUCUGCAUCCCGGUCAUAUCCUACACCCACUCCUAAUAUCUGCCCGCUGCAUCUGAUCUGUCCAUCAUUCAGGCUGAAGUCAAUGUGACGGCGACACUCUGGCCUCAGCUGUGAAUGCUCCUUUUAUUCUGUCCCCGAGCUGAUCUUUAGAUCCUGCAGAGACAAUCAUUCCUGCAAUCUUCAUCUCCCUUUGUGGGCUCUUCCCUUUUUUUUUUCCACAUGUCUCCUUAAUUUCCCUCCAUUAAAGUUGAUUAGCA